UCGCUUUUCUUCGACUGUUCCAACAACUGUACCGUACCGACGACACACACCGGAGUGUGUAGGCACGGCGGUCAUCGUUGGUUACCAUAAUCAAUUAUUAUUAAAUUUGUUUUUUUUUUUUUUACCACCGAACAUUUCAAUGAUAUUAUAUUUAUAAUAAUAUCGUCUGUAACGCCGUGACGAGAAUCUCAUUUUUUCCCUCCGACCAAUAGUAUUUAUAAUAUUAAUCAUUUCUCUAGAGAGAUGGCUCAUUUCCGAAAAACCAAAAAAGAUCACAACAAAGCGUUCAUCAUUUUAAGAAAGGGAUCUGAAGAUUCAGACGUUAUAACAAAUACAGCGGACCUGUCUCUGGGCAUUGAGAAAGAAGCGCUGCGGCGCGAAAAUGAGCACAGAGCUCGUUCUCAAUUACUUAACAGCCGUACAAAACCGGUGGCGUUUGCCGUUCGCACAAAUGUCGCAUUUGACGGUAAAAAGGAUGAUGACUCACCAAUACAAGGCUGUGCGAUCACAUUUGAUAUUAAAGAUUUUUUGCAUAUCAAGGAGAAAUAUGACAAUAACUGGUGGAUAGGCCGACUGGUGAAAGAGGGCUCUGAUGUGGGUUUUAUACCAUCCCCCGCCAAACUCGAACUCCUGCGUCAGAUGAACCCGUCACGAAGCUCAAAAAAUCAUUCUUCCAAAAACUCAUCAUCGUCAAACUUAGCUGAAGAUGAUGAUCCUAUUGGAAGUGGUCGAAUAUCUGCUAGAACAACAUUAACCGCUCCCACAGCCAAAGACAAACGUAAAAUUUUCUUUAAAAAACAAGAGACCACACCACCUUACGAUGUUGUGCCAUCUAUGAGACCAGUUGUUCUUGUUGGUCCAUCUCUAAAAGGGUACGAGGUGACCGACAUGAUGCAAAAAGCUCUGUUUGACUUUUUGAAACACCGUUUUGAAGGACGUAUAAUUAUUACACGUGUAAUGGCCGAUAUAUCCUUGGCCAAAAGAUCUCUUCUCAAUAACCCAUCAAAAAGAACAGUUAUCGAAAGUAAACCGGGUUCAAACUCAAGAUCGAAUAUAAUGGCUGACGUACAACAGGAAAUAGAACGGAUUUUUGAACUAGCGCGAACACUACAGCUUGUUGUUUUGGAUUGUGAUACCAUCAAUCAUCCAUCGCAAUUAGCGAAAACUUCUUUGGCACCAACCAUAGUUUACUUGAAAGUCUCGUCACCUAAAGUACUCCAGCGGUUGAUCAAGUCCUGUGGAAAGUCACAGACCCGACACCUGAACGUGCAAAUGGUGGCGUCCGAGAAAUUGGCCCAGUGUCCGCCAGAGAUGUUCGACGUGAUACUGGACGAGAACCAGCUGGAGGAAGCGUGCGAACACAUAUCCGAAUACUUGGAGGCGUAUUGGCGCGCAACCCACCCGCCCGUCACGCCCGACCCCAACGAACAGCAGCUCUUGACCAGGCCGAUCAGGAACUCUCCGAGCAUGGACAUGCCCAUCAUGUCGUCCAUGAUGAAUAACUACCAGCCGACAGAAUACCAAUCGAUGGAUCGCAUGCCUCCGCGUCUCGAGCGCAUGCGCACCACAGAAUACGAUGACUACGAGCUCAGUGAUCACGACAGCAUGGUGUAUGUGCCGCCUGCCAUCGGGUACCAGUCGAAACAACCGCAGCAGCAACAGCAUCACAAGCAACAGCAUCAUCAUCAUCAGCAGCAGCAGCAGCAACAGCAGCAGCAGCAUCAUCACCAGCAGCAACAACAUCACCAUCAGCAACAGCAGCAACAGCCGCAUCAUCAUCAACAGCAGCAGCAGCAGCAGCAGCACCACCCUCAGCAGCACUAUCAACAGCAGAAACAUCAGCAGCAGCAUCCGCAGAACUAUCAGCAGCAGCAACAGCAACAGCAACAACUGCAACAGCAACAACUGCAACAGCAACAACAGCAACCGCCCAUGCGGCGGCAACACAGCGUGUCAUUCGAACGGGGCCAGUCGCAACGCGGACCGCCCCGUCCUGGCAGCAGCUCGCACAACGUGCACCACCAGCUGUCGUACCAGCUCAGCUCUCAGACCGAUAUGCUGACGCACAGCCCGCCCGAGAACUCGUCCGACCAUCUCAUGUCGUACAUGUCGCCCACGCUCAGGUCUUCAUCGUCCACGUGGCGUGGCAACGUAAACAUUUAGUACAAACAGACGGAAUUUUAAUAACAGCACGUGUGACGUUAGGGUGACAGGAUAGCGUUCGUCGUGUGGUACAAUAACAACUAUUACAAUAACGAUGUGGGUACUCUUUGGUUGAUGUUUCGCGUUUGAACGACCUAGUCGUCGUCGCCGUCGUUGUCGUUGUCGUUGUGUUGUUAUUGUCAUUGCGAUCGUUAUUUGUUGUAACACAGUCGUCAGCGUGAUUGUCAUUAAUAUUGCCGUAACUAAAACAAAUGUCAUGUAAAAUCCCGUUAGGGUAUCAUUGCGAUAUUAUAUAUACCUAUAAGGUAUUAGGUAGUCAACAAAUCUCGUAGAAGGUAGAUAAUAAAGAAACUGAUAUAGACAUAAAAUAAUAUAAUAUACAGUCGUGUCUCUAUAACUUGAAUCUCUAUUGGAAUAAAAAUGAAAGUCGGCUUACGUAUUUUUCGAAUAUUACGCCCAAACACAACCUGAAAACUCUUCAAGGGGCAAGGAAAAAAUUCGAUUUAUCGAGAUUCGGCUGUAAAAAUGGAUAGGACGUGUCCGCAUUACUAAUCGCAAGAGUAGGAAAUCACCAUAGAAUAAAUUGAUAGAAAUCUCAUUUACGGGUACAACAUUUUUUCAAAAAUAAUCCAAAUUAACAGUGGUGCCAGAAAAUAGAUACAUAUUAUAUCCUUUUUUUAAGUUUUCUGUAGCAUGUUGCUACGCAGCUCAUCGUUUCAUAUUUUGUAUAAAUUUGAAUACACAUCGUUGCCUUAAAAAAAAAAAAAAACAAAGAAUAAUAAACUCAUUUAAACUGGUGGACACUCUUUUUGUAAUUUCCCAUAAGUCCUCCCCCUCUUUCGACGAUUCCUAUUAUUUAUUUUGUGCUCUAACAACCUCACACCUCAUUUGGAAACGUCCUAUCCACUUGUAAAUAUGUUUGUUUGUGGAUAAAACCCUAAACUCUUAUCACUCAAUUAUCGUGUGGUAAGCAUAGAAAAUAAGUUAAUUUAUGUAAUGUUAUCCACUCCUUUAUUAUCUAUGACAUAUAGACUAUGAGACAAGGCGCUGCACUGGUAUACCCAAUACCCAUGUAUAGACUUAUAGGUACAUGUGUUCAUGAAAUGUACAUGUCUAUGGAGGUGUAUACCUUGCACGGUAGUUAAUAAUAAUAUGAUAUAAUAUGUGUAAAUAUAUUAUUAUUAUUAUAACUUAGUGAAUACGUCAUUAAUAUUACAUUGAACUUCAAUUGCCUUAAUUGGACCAACAUUAUUUCUGAGUGCUUAUUAUAAUUAUUUAUAAUCGUAUUUCGUAUAAAUAUUAUUAACUUUAUAACGAAUACAUCUGCCUAUGAUUAUCUGAACAAUUUCAAUACCUAGUUAUAAAAUAUAAUAAAUUGUAGCACAUAAUUCAUACAAAUAAUAUUAAACUGAAUUGCUAUUUUUUAGGUGUAAUUUUUUAUGCAAUCAAUAAACGCCCGCCACUGGGUUGAUUAGUGUAGUAGAAAGAAUUAAAUCCUAAUUAUUACUAAACUCUCAAAAUUGAUUGUAAGAUAGCGUUUAUUACUCUUAUAAAACAUAACGUUUAAUGUUGUCAAUAGUUUGUAUAGGUAUCUUAGAGUAGGUAUACCUACGGCUAAUAUAUAAUAACGGGUAAUAACUAAUUUUAAGAAAAAUUGAUUUUCAUAAUGCUUGUCCUCGUUUAUUCAAAUAAAACGUGAUACAAUUAUCAUUAUUAUACUACCUGAUCGCCUUUGUGUGUUUCUCUUUUUGUUGAUGUUUUUUUGAUUAUAGUACCUAUUGCUUUUUAAUAUAAGAUUUUCUUUUUAAUUUAGUUACUUGAAUUACAUUUUUUUAUCGUUGUUUCGCUGACUUUGUUUGUUUUUUUUUCAAAUGCGUACACGGUGUUCAAAAACAAUGGUUUUCAUCCUACAGGUGUACAAAACUGUGGUUUUUGAAAAAUGUUUCCAAAUUUAUUAUAACACACACUGUAAACAGGGUCUUUCCGAAUUUCACGUUAUAAAAAAACAACGGGUAAUGCUUACUUAAUAGAGCAUUAUGCAAUCCCCCCAAUUUUUGUAACCUGAAAUUUGGAAAUCACUGUGUAUAAAUGUAAUUUAAUUACUGAAUUAGAUUGCUUUUGUUACCCAUAAUAAUAUAAUUAUUAAUUAACGGUCCUAUGAUUUCAUAUCUCAAAGUUUCGAUUGGAGGGGUAGAAAUUAAACGUUAAUUGUGUAUAUAUAUUAUAUUAUUAUCAUCCGGUUUUAUUUACUUAUAUUAUUAUAAACUAUAAUAUGUAAUAAUAAUUAAUCUUAUUGUACCAUUCA